AUGAGCGCUAAAUUAUCUGUUCCAAUUUCACCUCCUAUGGAAUCAACUGGUGAUAGAUUAAUGACUUUAGAAACUCAAGAUGGAAUUGCUUUACAAGGUUAUUCUUUUGGUGCUGAAGUUCCAUCCGCUGGUGAAAUUGUUUUUCAAACUGGUAUGGUUGGUUAUCCAGAAUCAAUAACUGAUCCAUCUUAUGAAGGUCAAAUUUUAGUUAUAACUUAUCCAUUAGUUGGUAAUUAUGGUGUUCCUGAUAGAAAAUUGUUUGAUGAAGAUUAUGAACCAGCAUUACCAAAGUAUUUUGAAUCAAAUAGAAUUCAUAUAGCUGGUUUAGUCGUUGCUCAUUAUGCUGAAGAAUAUUCACAUUGGUUAGCUAAAUCUUCUUUAGGUCAAUGGUUAAAAGAACAAAAUAUUCCUGCUAUUUAUGGUGUUGAUACAAGAGCUUUAACCAAAAGAUUGAGAGAAAAUGGUUCAACAUUAGGUAGAUUAGCAUUACAACAUAAAAAGUUUAAAUCAGAUGAUAUAAUCAAUGAUAAAUCAGGUGACUGGAAACAAUAUUUUGAUGUUCCUGAAUUUGAUGAUCCAAAUGUUAAAAAUUUGGUUUCAAAAGUUUCAACUAAAGAACCUAUUUUAUACUCUCCAAUCAAUAAAGAUGAAUUGAAAAUUAAUAGCAAAACUGGUAAACCAAUUAGAAUUGUUUCAGUUGAUGUUGGUAUGAAAUAUAAUCAAAUUAGAUGUUUUGUUAGAAGAGGUGUUGAAUUAUUAGUUGUUCCUUGGGAUUAUGAUUUCACAAAAGAAGAAUAUGAUGGUUUAUUUAUUUCAAAUGGUCCUGGUGAUCCAGCUGUUAUGGAUAAAACUGUUGAAAGAUUAAGAAAAGUUAUUGAAGAAGCUAAAACACCAAUCUUUGGUAUUUGUUUAGGUCAUCAAUUAAUGGCAAGAGCUUCCGGUGCAUCAACUUUGAAAUUAAAAUUUGGUAAUAGAGGUCAUAAUAUCCCAUGUACAUCAACAAUAUCAGGUAGAUGUUAUAUUACUUCACAAAAUCAUGGUUAUGCCGUUGACAAAGAUAGUUUAACAUCUGGUUGGAAAGAAUUAUUUGUUAAUGCAAAUGAUGGUUCAAAUGAAGGUAUUUAUCAUGAAUCGAAACCAAUUUUUUCUGUUCAAUUUCAUCCAGAAUCUACUCCAGGUCCAAGAGAUACUGAAUUUUUAUUUGAUGUUUUCAUUCAAGCUGUUGUUGAUUUUGAAAAAACUGGUGUUUAUAAACAAGUUGAGUUUCCAGGUGGUAAAUUACAAGAAAAUUUGGCUAAACAUCCAAAAGUUGAUGUCAAAAAAGUUUUAGUUUUAGGAUCAGGUGGUUUAUCAAUUGGUCAAGCUGGUGAAUUCGAUUAUUCAGGUUCUCAAGCUAUCAAAGCUUUAAAAGAAGAAGGUAUUUAUACUGUUUUGAUUAAUCCAAAUAUUGCAACAAUUCAAACUUCAAAAGGUUUAGCUGAUAAAGUUUAUUUCUUACCAGUCAAUGCAGAAUUUGUUAGAAAAGUUAUUCAACACGAAAGACCAGAUGGUAUUUAUUGUACUUUUGGUGGUCAAACUGCUUUAAGUGUUGGUAUCGCCUUGAAAGAUGAAUUUGAAUCAUUAGGUGUUAAAGUUUUGGGUACUCCAAUUGAUACUGUUAUUACAACUGAAGACAGAGAAUUAUUUGCAAGUGCAAUGGCUGAAAUCAAUGAAAAAUGUGCCAGAUCUGAAGCUUGUUCUUCAGUUAAAGAAUGUGUGGAUGCAGCUAAUGCUAUUGGGUAUCCAUUAAUUGUUAGAGCUGCUUUUGCAUUAGGUGGUUUAGGUUCAGGUUUUGCAGAUAAUGAAGAAGAAUUAGUUGCUUUAUGUAAUAAAGCUUUUGCAACUUCACCUCAAGUUUUAGUUGAAAGAUCAAUGAAAGGUUGGAAAGAAGUUGAGUAUGAAGUUGUCAGAGAUGCUUUUGAUAACUGUAUUACUGUUUGUAAUAUGGAAAAUUUUGAUCCAUUAGGUAUUCAUACUGGUGAUUCAAUUGUUGUUGCACCAUCACAAACUUUAUCAGAUGAAGAUUAUAAUAUGUUGAGAACUACUGCAGUUAAUGUUAUUAGACAUUUGGGUGUUGUUGGUGAAUGUAAUAUUCAAUACGCUUUAAAUCCAUUUUCAAAAGAAUAUUGUAUCAUUGAAGUUAAUGCAAGAUUAUCAAGAUCUUCAGCUUUAGCUUCUAAAGCAACUGGUUAUCCCUUAGCUUAUACUGCUGCUAAAUUAGGUUUAAACAUUCCAUUAAAUGAAAUUGAAAAUUCCGUUACUAAAUCUACUUGUGCUUGUUUUGAACCUUCUUUGGAUUAUUGUGUUGUUAAAAUUCCAAGAUGGGAUUUGAAAAAAUUCACCAGAGUUUCAGCUUUAUUAUCAUCAUCAAUGAAAUCAGUUGGUGAAGUGAUGUCAGUUGGUAGAACUUUUGAAGAAGCUAUUCAAAAAGCUAUUAGAUCAACAGAUUAUCAUAAUUUAGGAUUUAAUAAAACUAAUGCAUUAAUGUCAAUCGAUAUUGAUCAAGAAUUACAAACACCAUCAGAUCAAAGAUUAUUUGCAAUUGCAAAUGCUUUAAGUGAUGGUUAUUCAGUUGAUAAAGUUUGGAAAUUGACAAAUAUUGAUAAAUGGUUCUUGAAUAAAUUGGAUGGAUUGAUUAAGUUUGGUUUCAAAAUUGCAUCAUUUGAGAAGAAAGAAAAUGUUCCAAUUUCUAUUUUAAGACAAGCUAAACAAUUGGGUUUUGAAGAUAGGCAAAUCGCCAAAUUCUUAGAUUCAAAUGAAGUUGCCAUUAGAAGAUUAAGAAAAGAUGCUGGAAUCAUUCCAUCUGUUAAACAAAUUGAUACUGUUGCAGCAGAAUUCCCAGCUUUCACAAAUUAUUUAUAUGUUACCUAUAAUGCAGAUUCUUCAGAUGUUUCAUUUGAUGAACAUGGUGUAAUUGUUUUAGGUUCAGGUGUUUACAGAAUUGGUUCAUCAGUUGAAUUUGAUUGGUGUGCAGUUAGAGCUAUUAGAACUUUAAGAGAAAAUAAUAUUAAAACAGUUAUGAUUAAUUAUAAUCCUGAAACCGUUUCAACAGAUUAUGAUGAAGCUGAUAGAUUAUAUUUCGAAACUAUCAAUUUAGAAAGAAUUUUAGAUAUUUAUGACUUGGAGCAAUCAGCAGGUGUUAUUAUUUCUAUGGGUGGUCAAACUUCAAAUAAUAUUGCAUUACCACUAUACAGACAAAAUGUUAAAAUCUUGGGUACUUCACCAGAAAUGAUUGAUUCAGCUGAAAAUAGAUAUAAAUUCUCAAGAAUGUUGGAUAAAAUCGGUGUUGAUCAACCAGCAUGGAAAGAAUUGACAUCAAUUGCUGAAGCUGAAGAUUUUGCAAACAAAGUUGGUUAUCCUGUUUUAGUUCGUCCAUCGUAUGUUCUUUCAGGUGCUGCUAUGAAUACUGUUUAUUCAAAAGAUGAUUUAGAGUCAUUCUUAACUCAAGCUGUUGAUGUUUCACCAGAUUAUCCAGUUGUUAUCACUAAAUAUAUUGAAAAUGCUAAAGAAAUAGAAAUGGAUGCCGUUGCAAAAGAUGGUCAAAUGAUUAUGCAUGUUGUUUCAGAACAUGUUGAAAAUGCUGGUGUUCAUUCAGGUGAUGCUACAUUGAUUGUUCCUCCUCAAGAUUUAGAUCCAGAAACUGUUCGUAGAAUUGUUGAAGCUACAGCUAAAAUUGGUAAAGCUUUAGAUAUUACAGGUCCAUAUAAUAUUCAAUUCAUUGCUAAAGAUAAUGAUAUCAAAGUUAUUGAAUGUAAUGUUAGAGCUUCAAGAUCAACUCCAUUUGUUUCAAAAGUUGUUGGUGUUGAUUUAAUUGAAAUGGCUACAAAAGCAAUAAUGGAUAUUCCACAACAAUCAUAUCCAGGUGAAAAAUUACCGGAAGAUUAUUGUGCUGUUAAAGUCCCACAAUUUUCAUUUUCAAGAUUAGCUGGUGCUGAUCCUAUUUUAGGUGUUGAAAUGGCCUCAACCGGUGAAGUUGCUACAUUUGGUAGAAAUAAAUAUGAAGCAUAUCUUAAAUCAUUAUUAUCAACUGGUUUCAAAUUACCAAAGAAAAAUAUCUUAUUUUCAAUUGGUUCAUUUAAAGAAAAACAAGAAUUAUUACCAAGUAUUUCAAAACUAAAUGAUUUGGGAUAUAAAAUUUUUGCAACUGCAGGUACUGCUGAUUUUAUUAAAGAGCAUGGUAUUCCAGUUCAUUAUUUAGAAGUUUUAAGUAAAGAUGAAGAUCAAAAAUCUGAAUAUUCUUUAACUCAACAUUUGGCAAAUAAUUUAAUUGAUUUAUAUGUCAACUUACCAUCAUCAAAUAGAUUUAGAAGACCAGCUUCUUAUAUGUCAAAAGGUUAUGAAUCAAGAAGAAUGGCUGUUGAUUAUGCAAUUCCAUUAGUUACCAAUGUUAAAAAUGCUAAAUUAUUAGUUGAAGCAAUUGCAAGAAAUGUUUCAUUAGAAGUUUCAGAUAGAGAUGCACAAUCUUCUCAUGGUUCUGCUACUUUACCAGGUUUAAUUAAUAUCACUUCAUUUGUUCCAUCAUUUGAAGAUUUUGAAGAAACAACUAGAAAAUCAUUAUGUGCUGGUUUUACAUUUAAUUCAUUUUUACCACAUACUACAAAAGGUGCUUCUGUUACUGAUUUUAGAUCAUUGAUUGACGCAAUUGAUCAAGCUGGUGCUUCGGCUUUUACAGAUUAUUCAGUUUCAAUUGCUGCUACUGAAACCAAUUCUAGACAAGUUGGUGAUGCAGCAGACAAUGCAGGUUCAUUAUUUUUACCUUUCAACGAUUUUGCCAAUUCAAAAGUUUCAGCAAUAACUGCGCAAUUUACUACAUGGCCACAAAAUAAACCAAUUAUAACUGAUGCAAAAACUACUGAUUUGGCUUCAGUAUUAUUAUUAGCCUCAUUAUAUAAUAAAUCAAUUCAUAUUACCAAUGUUUCAUCACAAGAAGAUUUAGAAUUAAUUAAAAUGGCUAAAAAUAAAGAUUUACAAGUUACUUGCGAUGUUUCAGUUUUUACAUUAUUUUUAUCAAAAGAUGAAUUAGAUUAUCCAUUUUUACCAACAAAACAAGAUCAAGAAUAUUUAUGGGAAAACUUGCAUGAUGUUGAUUGUUUUACAAUUGGUGUUUUACCAUAUUUAGUUGCAAAAGCUUUGGAUGAAAAAAUUGUUCCUGGUUUAGGUAUUGAUGAAACUAUCCCAUUAUUAUUAACAGCUGUUAAAGAUGGUAAAUUAUCAAUUGCAGAUAUUGUUGAUAAAUUUCAUGAUAAACCAAGUAAAAUUUUCCAUAUUCCAAAACAAGAUUCACAAGUUGUUAUAAAUUUGGAUGGAUUUGGAGAUUUAACACCAAUUUACAAGAAAUUUGAAAAAUUAAGAGGUGUUGUGGAAAGAGUUUCAUUCCAUAAUGAAACUGUUGUUUUAGAUGGGGUUCUUUUAUCAGAAGCUUCACAAUUGGGUAAAAAUGAAGUUGCAAGAAAUAGAUUUGGUUCAGUUACUUCAAUACCAGAUAGUCCACAAUUAAAUAAAAGAGUUUCUUUUGGUAAUGAUAUUAGAAGACCAUCAUUUACUACACCAGAGCCAAAACCAGGUAUUUUAGAAAGAUUAGGUUCAGAAUUAGUUUCGCAACCAAUUGCUGGUUCAUUAGGUGAAAUUGCUGUUUUGAGUGAUUAUAUUAGAAAUAAUAAUACAUUUUUAAGAAAUAAUAUAUUAUCAGUUAAGGAUAUAACUAGAAGUGAUUUACAUUCAUUAUUUACUGUUGCACAAGAAAUGAGAUUAGCAGUUGAAAGACAAGGAGUAUUGGAUAUUUUAAAAGGUAGAGUAUUAGCCACUAUGUUUUAUGAACCUUCAACUAGAACAUCAGCGAGUUUUGAUGCUGCUAUGCAAAGAUUAGGUGGUAGAGUUGUUCUGAUUGAUUCACAUUCAUCAUCAGUUAAAAAAGGAGAAACUUUACAAGAUACAAUUAGAACUUUAUCAUGUUAUUCAGAUGCAAUUGUAUUAAGACAUCCAGCAGAAGAAAGUGCCGAUAUUGCAGCUAAAUAUUCACCAGUUCCGAUUAUAAAUGCAGGUAAUGGUACAAAAGAACAUCCAACUCAAGCAUUAUUAGAUUUAUUUACUAUUAGAGAAGAAUUGGGUACAGUUAAUGGUAUAACGGUUACAUUUAUGGGAGAUUUAAAAAAUGGUAGACCAAUUCAUUCAUUAUGUCAUUUAUUAAAACAUUAUCAUGUUAGAGUUCAAUUAGUAUCACCAAAAGAAUUACAAAUUCCAAAAGAAAUUAAAGAUUUAUUAAUUAAAAAUAAUAUGUUAAUAUGUGAACGUGAAGAAUUGACAAAACAUUUGAUUUCAAGAUCAGAUGUAUUAUAUUGUACAAGAGUUCAAGAAGAAAGAUUUGAAGAUAAAGAACAAUAUCAAAGACUAAAAGAUACUUAUAUUGUUGAUAAUAAAAUUUUAAGUUCAGCUAAACAACAUAUGUGUGUUAUGCAUCCAUUACCAAGAACAAAUGAAAUUAGAGAAGAAGUUGAUUUUGAUCAAAGAGCAGCUUAUUUCAGACAAAUGAAACAUGGAUUAUUUAUUAGAAUGGCUUUAUUAGCUAUGGUUAUUGGUGUAGAUUUUUAA